ACCGGUUGUUAGUAAUAGUGCACUUCAUGUGUGGUCCUGACUGUAUGUAUAUAUGCUUGAAUUAAAUAUUUUCUGCUGAUGAUUUAUGCUGCCCAACGCUCUUAGGUGGGAAAAACCUUUCAACGUCUUCUCAAGCAUCUGAUUGGAAACAAUUGCCUUGCACACCUUUUGGAUGAAUUCGCACGGUGCUUUUACCGAUUCCUCAAGGAAACUCAUUAAAAGAAAUUUAUGAGUACCAAUCAAAAAUGGAGCACACCAGGCAUGUACAUAUAAAUGUGUGUGAUAAUCAAAACGUAAUUGUGAACGAAGAUAUUCCUGGAAGCAGCCAACUUACGAAUCAAGUAUUUAACGAGGGGAACCAAUUUGUGCCACAAGGUCAUUACGAAUUUGUAAUAGAAGGGAACUACCUAGUGAACCGAUAUGUGAUUCAAGAAAAUCCUCAACAUAUUGACCAAGAUAAUAACCAAUUUGUAAACCUUGAUGACCAACGACCAAUUAAUGUUGAGGGAUAUAAUCACCAAGUUUUGACUCAAAGAAAUCACGUACCAGUUCAUGGUAACCUCCAGGUCGUGCCUGAAGAAAACCUCUCAGCUAUGUCUGAGGAGGACUUUGAUGAGUUUGAAGACAUUUCUGAUUUAUCUUUAGAAUCAAUAGAUAAUAGCAUGCAUUCAUAUGCUUUAACUAUUGAUGACUCAGAAUCAAUAGAUAACCCAAGGAAUUCUCAUGCCUCAAAGAAUGAACCAAAACCACCUGGCCCCCCACUAAUGCCUGAAGUAAACCUUGAUGACUUUGAAGAGGUUACUGAUCUACCACCAGAACCAAUAGAUAAUAGCAUGAAUUCACAUGAUUCAAGCAAGGUACUAAGACCACUUGAGAGAUCGGGGUACAUUAGUAGAACACCGCGUAGACUUACCUCGUCAGUUGACGCAGAAAAUCCGUAUCAGGUGUUGACCUCUCUCAAUCAGAGAUUGGCUGCCAGUCCUUACCAUUGUAGGGAAGCGUGGUGGGAAAGUUUGGUCAACGACUUCUUUUACGACGACGCGUGCAUGGAAUUCUACAUUCCAAUUCACGGACAAGUAAAAAAGUAUAAGUUAGACAGGGCGUACAUUCCAGCAUUCUUUCGCAGUUUGUACCCGACACGCAAAACCAGUGUCAGCUUCGAGGUGGACGGUAACAUAAAACGGAAAAAUAAACUAGUAUUAUUAGAGUCGGAUUUGAUCAAAUGUGAAAUGGAUCAUGGUGAACCGUUAUAUGUAACCAUCAAGAUUGAAGGGAAAUCCAUCAUGGUACUUCAGAGUAAUCCCAUAGGCAAUAUGAAAAUAAGGAAAUGGUGUUGGAGGACGAUUUACUUGAACGACUUUAUCAAUGACAAUAAAAUCAUUGAUACUUAUAAACCAGUUAUAGACAAGUUUAUAUCCUUAAGCGGCUGGCCUCAGUCUACAAUGGAGUUAUUGUGGAGUCGCGGAGGAAAUGGACCGCCGCCAUGUUUCCAAACAAAUGGAACUUAAACGGACGCGAGAUGAAAUAGACUUUUUUUAUUUGUAUUUGUAUUAUUUGUAUAUCUGUAUUUUUAAUAUUUUUAUAUUUCAUACAAUGGUUUUCUAAUAAAAACUACCUAAAUUAUUU